CCGACAAAUUGAGCUUCCCUAAUUUCUCUUAACUCACCUUGAGCUUCUGCCGCGCCGCCUCUUCCUUCAUCGCCUCUUCGUCACUGUCUUCGUCACCGCUUGACUCACCGAGUCACCGACGAAGCUUACUCUCUCUCACUCUCUUUCACCGACUCAGUUUACUCUCUCACCGACACCCCUACUCACCGCUUCCAUCGCCUCUUUCACCUUAGAGAUUUCACUCGUGAUUUGCAUCACACCUGAAAUUGAACACCAGUUCUUCAAGUCCGACAGAGAUAGACACCAUCAGCCUUCAUAUUCAAGACUGUCGGACAAUUUGAGGUACGCCAGUGCUUUUACUCACCUUUUUCAGCUAUGUUUCUUACGCCAGUGAUUUUUCAUCAAUAAUUUCAAUGGCAUGCUCAAUCCUUAUUUUUUCUUAGUUAAAUACGUUCUUUGGGUACUAAUACGCACAAAAAAUGGUUUUGAGUGUUAAUUAACAAAUUGUAUCAUUUGACCUUUUUAAUUUCUUUGUUUCUUCUUCUCCCUGACAUACACGGAGCAACAGAGGGGCAACAGAGGUGCUGAACUUUUGUUUUUCAACUUCUGUUUUUCACUUAUGUGUUUUCCAAGCACAUCUUGAAAACCAUCCAGCAGGCAGACGCCAUUGUACAUUUUUGUGCACUAACGAAGUGGAGAGCAGGGUGGAGAAAACAUGAUGGAGAGCAGACUUAUCUCAGCUUUCAGAAAAACUAAAAGCAUAGUUAAUCAAAUUUCCUCAAAUUCAAGAUUAUCAAGAUCAGGGGUUUGCAUUUCCAAUGAGCCCUCCUCGCUGAUCCACUCAAAAACUUACUCUUCUUUUUCUUUUGAUCUUAUUCCUGCAAGCCAAACCAGCAUUAUCAGAAGCUUGAGUAACUUGGGAUUCAAAGCAUUUCGUCGUCAUUAUCCUAAUCAUAAGGGUUUCUGCAGACCAUCCUUUAGGAAUUUAUCCACUGCAGCAACUGCGUCUACAGAAAAGAAGGAUGGUUUGAGGCUUCUUGUAACUGCUGGGCCUCGUGCCCAGAAGUUGGUUGGGAUAUGGCUUUUUGGAUCUGCUGCUUGGGUCUUCAGUAUGGUGGUGCUUGGGGGUAUGACACGAUUAACCAGAUCGGGGCUUUCAAUGACUGACUGGAAAUUCACUGGGAGGCUUCCUCCUCUAACAGAUGAAGAUUGGCUGGUUGAAUUUGAGAAAUAUAAACAGUCACCUGAAUAUAAACGUGUAAACAAAGGGAUGAGUAUUGAUGAUUUCAAGUUCAUUUAUUGGAUGGAAUAUGCACAUCGAAUGUGGGGAAGAGCACUGGGUAUCAUGUUUGCUCUGCCAUUCUCUUACUUUCUUCGCAAGGGUUAUAUUACUCUACAACUUGGACUUAGAUUAUCUGGGUUAUUUGCUCUUGGUGCUGGGCAGGGACUAAUAGGUUGGUGGAUGGUUAAAAGUGGUUUAGAGGACCCCGCAUCGGAAUAUGCUGAACCAAGAGUCAGCCCUUACCGCCUAGCGGCCCAUCUUACUUCAGCAUUUGUAAUUUACAGUGGGCUCUUCUGGACUGCUCUUUCAGUUGUUAUGCAUGAACCUCCUGCUGAGUCAGUAGCUUGGGUUAAGGGUGCUGCAAAAGUUAAGCGACUUGCCCUCCCUGUGAGCAUCCUUGUCGGAUUCACUGCUGUCUCAGGAGCAUUUGUUGCAGGAAAUGAUGCUGGUCGUGCCUUUAACACUUUCCCAAAGAUGGGUGAUACAUGGGUUCCAGAAGAUAUUUUCAGUAUGAAGCCUCUACUGCGAAACUUCUUUGAGAAUACAUCAACUGUGCAGCUAGAUCAUCGUAUACUUGCCACUACGACUUUAGCAGCAAUUGGUGGCUUAUGGUUCUCAACUCGGAAACUGGACCUGCAUCCUGCCAUACGCUCCUUGAUCGGAAGUAUAGUAGGCAUGGCUGCUCUCCAGGUGUGUCCUGCUAAGUUCUAGCAAUCUUUGUUGGUCACUUUGGGGGUAUCAACUCUUCUGUCAUACGUACCUGUGUCACUUGGCACGGCUCAUCAAGCUGGAGCUCUAAUGCUUCUAAGUCUGAUGCUUCUGCUCAAUCACACCGUACGACGGCCUUCGAUGUCACUUCUGAAGACUCUGCCUCCUGUUGUAAAAACAGUUACCUAGAGGAUCAUCAGGAUAAUGUGUAUUAAACGGCGGAUUAUUUUCAGCUUCCGAUAUUUAGAUUACUUAAAAAGAAACUGCAAAUGAGAUUUUUGAAUGUAGCUGUUGUAUGGAAGAAAGAUUUGGUGCAAAAUGGUGUCUCUCUUGCAUCUGCAAUUUCUGUCAUCAGUAGGAAUGCUCGUUAUUUUAGAACCAUUGUGGUCCUUCGUGCAA